GUGAAUAGUCUCGCGUCGUUCUUCAGAUCAACACUGGAACUCCAACUGCCUCAGUUUCAUGAUUUAAGUGGUGUCAUCCAAUGUCACACAGCAGGCCUUUGACAUCAUCAGUGUUCAUCUUCGUCCUUCGGUGUGGAUGGUGUGUAUGCAUGUAGGCAGGAUUCAUCGUGGUGAUGUACAGUAGCUAUCAGGACCGGGAGGAGUUUGAGGAUGACCUUUACAAUGUGGGCGAAGGGGACUCAGAGGGCUCGCAGGACGACAGCGAGCUUGAGUUUCAACUCUACAGUCAGCUCCACUACUCGGCCCACUUGGAAGAUACAGAGGCCGAUGAAGGAAAGAGUGAGAAUAAUCAGCAGCAAGAUGUUGACAAAGAAGCAGAUGUCCAGCAGUCUCUGUCUAAUGUUGACUUGCUCCACGAACACCUACAAAUCAGAGCAGUGGAACGCAACAAAAGAAAGAAGAACAACCUCUUGAGAGAGCAGAAACCCUUUGUUUUUGAGGAGGUUAUUGUUAUAGACUCUGGUCCUGACAUCACCAUUUCUGAAGAAGAUGAUGCCAGUGUUUGUGCUGCAAAAGGUCAACGGCUGCCCCGAGUGCAGACCUCCACGCCCUCCCAAGAGAAGAAACUUGACGUUCCAGAAGUUGUGGACUUGUGCAGUUCUAAUUCCGACUCAGACUCGUCAGAUUCCGACUCAGACUCGUCAGAUUCCGACACAGACUCGUCAGAUUCUGACAGUCUUGAGAAUUGGAUGAUCCUUGGCCGAGGCAAAGAGGAUGGUGACCAGUCCAUCUCACUCAACCUGGAUAACAACCGUGAUGCUACAUCAGAUGAUAAUACGGAGGAGGAAGAGAGACAAAGCACUUGGGUGGUUUCAUCUAAAGACAGGGAUGCUAGGAUUUUCAACAAAGAGAGGCGUGCCCAAAUCAUCGGCCAGCGGGAUUCAAAAAGAUACUACAGUGCCAAGCAUGUCCGCUGCCGAAACUGUGACAAGACCGGACACCUCUCCAAAAGCUGCCCCAAGCCCAAAAAGAUGUCGCCCUGCUUUCUUUGUGGAACCUCGGGUCACCUGUCCAGUGAAUGUCCCAACAAGCACUGCAGUAACUGCGGCCUGCCCGGACAUGUAUUCAAUUCCUGCAGUGAGAAGCCGUACUGGCACAAGCAGUGUCACCGCUGUGGCAUGAAGGGACACUUCUUUGAUGCAUGUCCUGAAAUCUGGCGGCAAUACCAUGUCACGACCAAGGUGGGUCCACCUGUGAAGCACGCAGAGGAGAACCGUGAUCACACCUCUGGCUACUGCUACAACUGCUCCAGGAAGGGACACUAUGGUCACGAUUGUGUGCAGACGCGGAUGUUCAAAGGAACAUUUCCCACCAUCCCGUUGAUCAGCUACUACGACAGCGUGGAUGACACCAAACGCAGAGAAGUCAGGGUGCAGAUGAAAGUAAAACAGUUGAAGAAAAAUGGCAUCCUUACUGAGUACAGCAAAGCAGCACUCACUCCAGAACCACCAAGGAAGAGACUAAAAGUCCACCAGUCUAAAGCGUCUCCUCAGCAGAGCAGCCGGCAGUCCAAGCAGAAAUCUGGCCACAUAUUUUUCAGUGAUGACCACAACUUUGAGAUGCACGAACCACCGACUGGUUCUGGAUCAGUAAAACCUUGGAGACCAGCAUCCAAAAUCCAACGGUACAGUCACGGGAAGCUACAUAUAGAUGAAGCUGCUGAUUUUCCCCGAGGAGGUGAACGUCAUAGAGGGAACACAAAAAAUAACGUAAAGAAACAGAGGAAGGAUCCGAGGCGAGAUUCUGGAAAUGGCAAGCCAGGCCACCUUCGCUGGAGUCAAGCUGGCGAAAUGAAGAAGGUGAAGAACGACAAGAGAAAUCCCAAGGGUCGGUUUGCUGGGAAGAAAGCAGCAGGACUGAGGGAGCCAUCGGGUGAUAAUCUGUUUUGUAUAAAACAAAGGAAACCAAAGAAAAGGCAGUUUUAAUGAACAUCCUCAAUGACUGCACAUUUUCAGGGCAAAUAGAAGACAGAGGCUGACAUCACUGGUCACUGCAGAAAAGUCGGAUCCUGUUUGCAACCAAAGCAUUUCAGCAUUCCGAGUUAUCACAUCUCGUCAUCAGUUGCUGUAAACACAAGUGUAGAAUCGACUCGACUAGAGUUAGUGCCUCUACCCUUCACGACUGCUGCUAAUCAAUGACGUCGAUGUUUUUAAUAAAUCCUUUCUGAUUCACAGAAACUCUCUUGACAGCAUUCUUAAAACACACCUUUGUGCAGCCUUGGUUGGUAUGAGGGUGUGGCUGGUUCAGUAUUAAGUCUGCAUUUUUAAUGUCCAUUUCUCUACAUUUUGUUGACUUGCCUGGAAAGCAAAUAAACAA